UCCGCUCUGGCCGGAUUCGGGUGACAGUCGUAGCGUUAGCAGCCGUUAGCUGAAGUACGGAGCUGGUUUGAGGUCCCAGCGGGUCCUGGUCGUAGUCCUGCUGUCUGACCCGACUGAAACAGUUCGGGUGCCGGUUCCGGGGACGCCAUCUGAACGCUGACUAAACAUUCAGUGGUUUGUUUUUGUGGCUAGCAUCGGGCUAACUACUAGCUGCUUUUCGCUGAUGAAAACAUCGCGCGGACCUUUCGCUCAGGUGUUUGAGCUGGUCCAGGGGACAGAGGCACUCACCCGUGGACAGCAUUACCCAAGCCAGGUUUGAGUCCAGCCUUUGCUUUCAUGAUGCAGAUGACAGCCAUGCUGACCUAGAACCAGAUCCUGGAAAAUUAGAGGCCUGCAGACAUCAAGACCAUGUCAGAGAACCAAGCCAACAACAAUGUCCCUCUGAACAACAACAACAACAUGGGUCCCAACAGGAUCCGGAACCCUAACAUCAACCAGAACCCGCUCAUUAACGUGCGUGAUCGCCUCUUCCAUGCCCUCUUCUUCAAAAUGGCCGUCACCUAUGCACGUCUUUUUCCACCGUCAUUCAGGAGAGUUUUUGAGUUCUUUGUUCUGCUCAAGGCGCUCUUCGUCCUCUUUAUCCUGGCCUACAUCCACAUCGCCUUUUCCCGCUCCCCCAUCAACUGCCUGGAGGCAGUCAGGGACCGCUGGCCUCGAGAUGGCAUCCUUCGUGUGGAGAUCCAGAGGAAUUCCAGUCGAGCUGCUGUCUUUCUUCAGCACUAUGACCCCACUGGCAUCCAGGAGGAGCUGGAAGCUGUGGAGGAUCAAGGAAGAAGAGGAGGAAUGGUGGAGGAGGCCAGCCAGACUGCACUACUGGAGGAGGAAGAUGAAGAUGAGGAGACAUUGGAGAUGUUUAACAACAGCUCAGUUCAGUUUGCACUGGACAUCGAGCCUCGUCUGAAACCAUCUGUGUUAGGAGGAGGUGCUGGAGGAGCACUACCAGAAGGAGUAAACAAUAGCCAGGAGGUUUCCUUCAGUCACACUUCUAAAGCGUGGCCUCAGGACGAGUAUAUUGUGGAAUACUCUCUGGAAUAUGGGUUCCUUCGCCUGUCACAGACCACUCGUCAAAGACUCAACAUUCCUGUCAUGGUGGUCACCCUGGAUCCCAUGAAGGACGAUUGUUUCGGAGAUGGCUUUAGUCGAUUCCUGCUGGAUGAGUUUCUGGGCUAUGAUGACAUCCUGAUGUCCAGUGUUAAGGCACUUGCUGAGAACGAGGAGAACAAAGGGUUCUUGAGGAACGUGGUGUCAGGAGAACAUUAUCGCUUCGUCAGCAUGUGGAUGGCCAGAACUUCCUACCUGGCUGCCUUCGUAAUUAUGGUCAUAUUUACUUUGUCAGUGUCCAUGCUGCUCAGAUACUCCCACCACCAGAUCUUCGUCUUCAUUGUCGAUCUCCUGCAGAUGUUGGAAAUGAACAUGACAAUCGCAUUCCCAGCAGCCCCUCUGCUCACCGUCAUCCUGGCUCUUGUUGGGAUGGAAGCCAUUAUGUCAGAAUUCUUCAAUGACACAACAACAGCCUUCUACAUAAUCCUCAUUGUGUGGUUGGCUGAUCAGUACGACGCAAUUUGCUGCCACACCAACACAAGCAAGCGCCACUGGCUGCGGUUCUUCUAUCUGUACCACUUUGCCUUCUACGCCUACCACUACCGCUUCAACGGGCAGUACAGCAGCCUUGCUCUGGUCACAUCCUGGCUCUUUAUCCAGCACUCCAUGAUCUACUUCUUUCACCACUAUGAGCUUCCUGCUAUUCUGCAGCAGAUUCGAAUCCAGGAGAUGCUGCUGCAGAACCAGCAGGUGGGUCAGAACCAAACAGCUUUGCAGGAUAACCUCAAUAACAACAGCAGUACAGCUACUGUAGGUACAGGACCUGCUACAACCAGCCAGCCAGGAUCCACUGGCACCGACCCCCUUGAACUGCCGGCUGAGCCCCUCCCAUCUUCAGUAGGGGAGGGGGCAGGAGAAGUGAGGGCGGAGCUAAACUGGGUCACUCAGACAACUACUAUAAUCACAGAUGCUCUGACUUCCUCCAUGGAGCCUGGAGGAAGUGAGGGUCAGGGCUCCGCAGGAGCAGACAUCAGUGCGGAGUUCUGGAUGGGAGCAGGGACAGCCCCCCCAGCAGGAGCAGCAGCCCCCCCAGCAGGAGCAGCAGCACCAGAAGGAAGUGUGACAGUUGCCACCCUGCAACAGCCGGAGCUUUCAGACUGUGUUCCCUCUAAAAGCCUUGCGCCUCAGGCUACAGCUGCAGACUGUGAGUGCAGAACGUCCGAGCAGCAGGAGAGCUCUGCGCACUUGAGAGCUUCCUGAGAAUGCAACUGUGCCUCUGACUCCGCCCCCCCAGUAUGAGCUGGAGCCUCAGUCUGUCAGCUGAUGGAGACGUGUGAUAGAGCAGACUGGACACAUCAGCAGUUUGGUUCUGGUGCAGUCUGUUCACCCAUUGUUCUGACAGACUGACAGCUCUGCCUGGAGGGAAACGUUCCUGGAGAACAGGAAGUGUGUGUUGGAGCACCGGGGCGCUUGGACUGACUGGAUUGGUUGCCUUAUCCAUUAUCCUCAGACUGACAGCAGCUGAGCAAAAUGAUUGGUUGUGCAAUAUAUUAGCAGCUGCCCACGAGGAGGCGUGGCUUGUCAAUGUUUAGUUGGAAAUAAAAUAUAAAAAACAGUUAA